AUGACGGAGAACUUCGCUCAGCACGAGAGUGUGACAAAGUGUGUGCGUCUGACUGAACCAAUCGACUUUUAUGAAAACUAUAACAAGGAAAAGGUUCAUCAUUGGCCCGGUCUGACCGAUGAUGUGGGCAGUGACUACUUCGUGAAGCUCACUGGCUACUUCAAGGCAGCGAAGACGGGGCAGUACACCUUCCGGUUAAACAUUACGAAUUAUGCAUCGUUGGUGAUUGACGAUGAAGAAUGGAUGACGCUCGGUACGGUCGGCAAGUCGUUUGUUCACCAGAACGUUACUCGCACUCUCGAGAAGGGAAUGCAUUUGUUUACCAUCUAUUACACCUACACCGACUUGGAGUCGGCGUUGCAUGUGGAAUGGCGAAGAGAUCAGGGAGAAUGGCAGACUCUGAGUGCUUCUGCUUUGUAUUUCGGAAGCCGCGGUCCCGCAUUCUUGAAUUACCCUGAUGUGUCUGUGAUGAAGGGAAUGGCCAUCAAUGUUACAGAUCACACGGUGCGAAUGGGUUUUGUGGAGAAGUACACGAUUCAGCCAGCUCUUCCCUCCACUCUUUCCUUAAAUCCCUUUACUGGAGAUAUUGUUGGAACGGUCGAUACGGCAAUAAAUCAGAUUUUCACGAUCACAGCGGAGAAUGCUUUUGGCUCUUCAAGUGCGGAGUGGCAGUUGCUCGUUAACGAAACGCCUCUUGCGGGUUUGGAAGGUCACUACUACCGACUUGACAAGGAUGAAAAUGCUUGUCAACAACGCUUUUACGAUUACUUGAUGGACCUCUAUACAAUUCGAAAUGACUUAGAUAUCAAUCAUCCUUUUGAACAUCCAAAUGGAUAUUGGGAAGGCAUCCCGAGUCCAAUGUUCUACUAUGGGUCCCAUGUGGAGUGGAAUGGCUAUCUGGACGUCAAGGAAGAGGGAGAAUGGCAAUUCCAAACGCAGCACAUCGAUGGCUUAAAAAUAAUGUUCGACGACAAGCUUUUCAUCAACUCCUACUCGUGCAGUGAGUCGAUUUCCCAUAUGACCCGGUCAAUCUCCCUAACGAAGGGAUAUCACAAAGUGCAGAUCUUGUGGUUCUCGAGUCAUAAGGACUUCAUGCUCAUCAUCACAGUGAAACGUCCUUCGGACGCGGAGUUCAUUUCCAUUCCCGAAGAUUUGUUUGUCCACGCGCCUUCUUCGGCUCUCUCCAUGACAACCCAAGUCAAUCAAUUCUACGUUGGAAGACCGAUUCCUACGAUUUCGCCCCUCGCGUUUGCCGUCGAAGAGCCGUUCACUUCGUAUUCCAUCACUCCCGAGCUCCCCAGUGGACUGACCUUUUCGAAUGGACAGAUCAGCGGAACGCCUUCUGUCGAAUUCGGUCCCACGGUGUUUGAGAUCCAGGCGACCUCGAAGGGAAAACAGUACACAACAACGUGCACGUACGCUUCGUAUAGUGUGGAAGGUCCUGGCGAGGUUCGUGUGACAGACGGAAUUAACAACAUUACGAGCGUCAAGUGGGAUAUCUACAAGCAAAUCAACAAGCUGAAACUCUCCUGCGGCAAUUCGUUCUGUAAACUAGACAUUGCUCCCGCUCUUCCUGAAGGCGUUACUUACGAUUCAGCGAAGCUCGAAAUCACUGGAAGACCCACAGAAGCCAUGGAGCAAACUGUAUUUACAAUUAGUGCAAGUACUGAAGCGAGUACCACUACCAAGGAGCUGACGGCUGAAGUGCCGAUUUGCGAGUAUGGACACUACUACUAUAUAGAAGGGAUGAUGUAUUCUGGUGCAUUUGAUUUGUACAUUUACAAGGGAGAAGUACUGACGAAGAGCUAUGAAAAAGUAAAGUUGAACGAUAUUAGUUUGGUUUUGUGCAUUGAGUCGUAUAACUACAACAUUGCGAUCCGCCCCAAUCCCUUCCAGCAGAGCAUCAGUUCCAUCUCCCUUAAGCGAGAUGAUGGUUUGAUCUUCUUCGAUACCAAAAUCAAAGAGAGUAACUGGUUCAACACUACAUGGGAAAUGAUCCAGACAGAGGUUCCAAAGCUCGAUAUUGAGAUCACGGAGUAUUAUGUGAAGCCUUCCGAAACGCUGAACAUUCCAUAUAAAAUCAUUGGCUUGACUCGGCCGCUCACUGUCGAUUCUGCUCAUGCAGAGGACGUUACGAUCCGUGAAAUCACGAGCAAUAUUGAGAUCAAGAUCAGUGGAUCAGGAAAGAUUGAAUACACGUUCAUAGUGGAGAAUGAUGCGGGAAGAAGUGAAGUAACGAUUACGGCUUGGUCUGAUGAAUGUCCCGAGAAUACGAUGCUGAUUCAAUGCUUUGGAUCGGAGUUCUACUACUCAGAUUCGUUCACUCUUACGCGCGUUAGCGAUGGAAAGAAAGUGAUCGAUCGAAAUUUGGGAGUCUCUCUUUCGAAUGUUUUUCACAUAUGUAUCGAGAACGUCCCCUACUAUUUAACGCGCUAUCGUAAAAGCUCUUCCGAUGAGAAGAAAUACGUAGUGCUGAAGAAUCAGCAGGGACGCUAUCUCGGGACGAUGGGCUUCAUGCUUGGUACCCUUCAAACGGAACUGUUCCAGCUAGUCUCGCUUGUUCAGGAAAACAGUCCGCGCAAGGCCUGGGUGAGCUCCAGCUCUGUCAACCGAAAGUGGAGAGAGAUUGGAUUCAAUGAGAGGAAAUGGAUUGCCGACUCUCGCGACCUGGGAUCGUUCUCCUCGAAUAUGCUCACUGCGUACUUCCGCUAUCAUCUCAAUGUGAAUAAGGAAAUCUCGAUCCCUGCCUUGCUGUUGGACGUGAAGGCCAACGGUGGUUUCGUGAUGUAUCUGAACGGAUACGAAGUGAUUCGAAUGAAUCUUCCAUUGGGAGGGCUCUCUUCCAAGGUAAUGGCUCGUCGACACAUCGAUCUCUCGCAGUGGACCCGCGUCAGCGUGAAUGCGGAAUGGCUGCAGGAAGGAGACAACGUGCUGUCGGUCGAGUUGCAUUGCUACAGCACCGGACAGCCGGAGCUCGAGAAGAUCAUGUUUGAAUUGAGCCAGGAACAGUUCACUGGAUCGUCCUACUUCUUCUCGGAAAGCGGAUAUGUGGCAGGUACAGAUCAUGGCGUCACGAGCAGUUCGGAUCCCUAUGAUGUGUUCUUUAGCACCAACAAUUACCGCUACUGGGAAGACGUGGAACUUCCUGCUCAACUUCGCCUCACCUUCCUGGAUAACGAGCCUCGCUUCGUGAACCGAAUGGUCAUGCGCUCUUCCUAUGACGCUCUCUAUCAGCCGAUCCGUUUCGAGGUGUUCGGCGUGAUUAACCAGACGGUCUACGAUGGCACGGAAUACUCCUUCCAGGAGGUGAAGGAGAGCAUUCUGGUGGUGAACAACCCCUACAUCCUCGAUGUCAAGCUCAAGGAGGAAACGUUCUUCCUCUACCCCUCUCGCCCCUACUCCGCCUACGAAGUCAGCGUCCACGCGACCAACAGCGAAACCCAAACCGUCCGCAUUAACAAGAUCUGGUUCUACGCGGAUCACCACUACUAUUGUCCCGAAGAGGACGACUGGCCUCGCACGCGCGGAGGCGAUUCGGUCUUUGGGAAGUGCUCGAUCUUUAAGAUCGGCCAGUCCACGCGAGUCUGCAACACCACUGGCGAGUGGCUGGAUAGGGAUCAGGGAACCUGUCUGACUCGAUGGGCUGGGAAGACGAGCGCUUUCCUCGACGCGGCGUACCGCAUCGAUAACUGCACGAUGGAGAUCUACUACAACAACACCGAGGCGGCCUUCCGCGAAGUCCUCGUUCGCGAAAUGACCGUGAAGGAGGAGAACGUGCUGCUCUAUCUGCCUCGGCGCUGUGAGGCAGAGGGCGAAUUGCCGGCGGUGUGUGUGAAGGUGCGACUGGAGCCCCAUCGACUAACCAGCCAGUACGUGAAGAUGGAGCUGGAUCUGUUCAAUACAAAUAUCACGGGGUUGUUCUAUAAGAAGGAAAUGUAUGGCGUACCGCAACACAUGACGAUAUCGCUCAUUGAAAAGGUGAAAUUACGCGAAAUGAUUACCGGAAAGGAUCUUAUCCUGACGGUUAUCAUCGCUAUUCUGCUUGUUCUCUGCAUUGUUCUCUUUAUGAUGUAUUACAAGACCAAGUAUGGCUCUAGAAACUCGAAAAGAAAGCAGCUUUCGAAGAAAUCGAGGCAACUGGACGUACUUCCUUCUCAGCAGACAGAAAAGCUGAUCUAA